AUGAACCGUAUAUUGCGAAAGGCGACGAGGAACAUUUCGAAUUUAGCGAAACAAGACACGACGAAAGAGACGACGGAGGAGGACACCCGAACGUGGAAGGAUGAUCGCAGAGAGGUUACGCAGCAGAUCAGAUCGAACGCUGCAACCUCCCGAUCUUCUCCGACACACGACACUGGCGACACUUCGAGACAGGAACGCGCGGCUCCACGACGACACUUGACGGCAAAGCAAGAAGCGCAGUUUAAGCGAGCUGAAUGUUUCAAAUGCGGUGAGCAUGGUCAUCUGGCACGCGAAUGCCCAGGCUCCGAGCUGGGAGAAGCGCCGAGUGAGAAUGUGAUGCAGUGCUCAAACUCGGACUCAGGAGACGGGGAUACGGAGGAGGAUGAUGUCGGAUGA